GUUAGGUUAUCGCGGCCUUCGCACAAGUUCAAGGCACCAUCCGCGGUCCACUGCCCCCGAUUCUAGAUUCACCAUGAGAUUGUUAAGGAACUACAGUGAUUGCUUCUUCCUGCUCUGUUUGAGUUUCUAUGUACUGUUUUUCUGGUUCGUCGAGGGUGCAGAUGCGGAAGCGGCUACGAAUUCAUCCGCUUUGAUAAAAAGUGCCGUCGAGGGACUCUCGAGGGGCGGCAGGGAGUACAAUUUGAUCUACGCGAGACUGAUCGGUUGUGCGGUGCAACGGGAUACGCGGUGUUUUGUCGAUAUCGCCGAGGAUUUUCUGGAGAAUAAGAGGAAUGAACUGCUUGCCCAAGCGGACCGCGAGAUCCUCCAAAGGGUAGGAGGCAGGGCGGACCAAACGAACACCCCAUCCCAACUAGCCAAGUCCAUAGAAAAGAUCAUCUUCGAACUGAGUAGUUUAUUCAAGAACGGUAUCGGGGGACUGCUGAGCCCCAGGGACGGCGACGAAGAGCUCGAAGACGAAGAAGAAGAAAAGACUGAAGACGAAACCAAAGAUGGAGUCUCGAGCAGGGGCAGCGCGAAGCAAGAAUACAGGCUGGUUGAAAAAAAGAAGAAGAAGAAGCCGUUGAAGCAACUGUUCCGAGUCCUCAAGAUAUCGGUAUUGGCGGCGGUGGUGGCGAUGAAGGUAUUCCUUUUGGUACGGGUGUUCGAAGCCGCUUUGAAGUUCAAACUGCUAAUGUUGGCCUUGGUGACAGUGGCCUUCCAAGGAGUGAAGCUUUAUCUGGACAUUAGGUCUAGCAAACAGCAUCAUCACGAAGAAGGAAUUGUGUUCAGGAACCCGCUCGAAUCUGGGGUACAUGGAGGAGAUACGUGGAGUGAACCAGGUGUGCCUGGCUUAUCAGGGGAAUACCAUGGGAGGAAUUUGGAUGGGCAGCAUCUGGCAUACUCCAAACAACGCGGAUCGUAGAUGGUUUCAGUAAAAGGUUCAUAAAUUAGUCUAGUCUGUAAAUUAAGUGAUGAUAAUAACUUCCUUCUGAAGCCACACAGCGUUGGAGACGGUUCUUCCGCUCCUCAUAGCAGUGCUGGAACUCCGAUACUAGAAUAGCCUUCAGCUGGUCGGUUACAGCCGUUUCAAUGUUUUCGGCUGACCCAAAAUGAGAUCCCCUGAGGUGACUUUUCAACUUCGGCAAGAGACAAAAGUCACACGGACUCAAGGCUGGCGAAUAAGGAGGCUGAGGAACUACAGGAAUGUUUUUACUGGCCAAAAAUUCGUUCAUUGACAGUGCUGUGUGACGAGGAGGAUUAUCAAAUUUAACUCUUCUUCGAUUCGACUCUCUCUUCUGAAAAUGGCUUAAACCUCCGUAGGCCUGUUCAGAAUGAGUUUCUAUUGCGCUGUGCCCAAGUCUGAAGCAAAACCUGAUAUCACACCGUUGCUUGAAAUUGAUGUAACUCCCACCAAAUAACUGCGAGCGAGUUCAAUCGUGUACUGAAGGCGGACGUUCCGCUGGCUCCCCUACAAGCCCGGCGCAUCAAGUGUUGCCGGAUCGAACGCUACGUUGCCAGUUUCAUCACUUAAUCUACAGAUCUCGUACCAAUAUGUCGAAGCGAAUGAUUGCUGUGCAGAUUUUUUGAAUAACUAGACGUCUUUAAAAAUACGUAAAUAUUCAACAAGACGCGAGUUUAACGUAAUUCACAAAAUUCGCUAGGUUUUUGGUAGGUAGUCGUGAAAUUACUAUUAUGAAAAACUGCGUCAGCAAUUACCAUCGAUCCUUACCAAUUACAGAUCCAUAUCAGUAUUGUUACAAUUUUGGCUGCCAUGUUUAAAAUUAACUCUAAUGUCGACAGAAAAAUACCUACUAUUGGUAUCUUCUCAUUUGGGAGCUUCUCAAAAUUAUGGAAUGAUUGGGAUUUAUGUGAACAUCACAACUAUUGUUACAAAAAUAGGACAGAGACUGUCAAAACCUCUAUCACAUUUAGUAAACAAAUGUAAAUCAUGUGUGGUGUGCCUUAAGACAGUACUAGGGCCACUAUUAUUUAAUCUCUAUUUAAAAGACGUGUUCAAAAUUAAUAGUAAGGGAAAGAUUAUGUGUUUCGCGGACGACACCCUCACAUUAUAUAAAGCUGAUGACUGAGAUACACCGAAGCAAAUUGCUGAUAAGGAUUUUAUAAAGAUCAUUAACUGGUUUGAUAGUAAAAUGUUAACAGUUAGAAGUUAAUUUUGCAAGCCAUUUUUUUGUUUAUUCAGCUUUUUUGUUUUAAGGGAGUAACAAAUUGUUGUCGUGAUAUUCAGGUAGACAUGCGCUUUUCUAAAAUUCUUUCGAUGACAUUGCCUAUAGUACACAUAUACUAGCUUCCGCGGUAUGUAAAUGCUACAAUGCUACAUCGCCUAUCUAACUGCACAUAUAAUUGAAUGAAUAUUGUAAUACUGGGAUGAACAAUUUAUUUUGUAG